AUGGCUCAGCCAAAAGGCUAUGUCAAUUCUGAUUUUCCAGAUCAUGUAUGCAGCCUUAAAAAGGCCAUUUAUGGCCUAAAACAAGCCCCGCGCGCCUGGUAUGAGGCCCUCACGGCUUAUUUGAAUACUAUUGGAUUUGUUAAGUCCGAAUCAGAUGCCUCACUGUUCAUUUUUAAAUCCCUGGCUGUUACUGUUUACAUUUUAGUAUAUGUGGAUGAUAUUCUCAUUACUGGGAACCAUCCAAACUUAGUUGCGCAGGUCAUCAACUCUUUGGCUAGCAGGUUCUCACUAAAGAAUCUUGGUGAACUUAAUUAUUUCUUGGGAAUAGACGUUAAGCGUGUUCCAAAUGGGAUCAUCCUAUCUCAAUCUCAAUAUAUUCUUGAGAUUCUAUCUGAUGUGGAUAUGACAGAUUGCAAAGGGGUUGCCACACCGAUGUGCUCCAGCUCGCCACCUAAAGCAGAUGAUGGUUCACCCCCUGCCGAUGCAACCCUUUAUCGACGCACUCUGGGUAAGCUGCAAUACUUAUCAUUCACGCGUCCUGACAUCUCAUUUGCAGUAAACAAAUUAUCCCAAUUUAUGCAUUCUCCAAGUCUGGAACAUUGGAAGGCUGUAAAAAGGGUUCUGCGCUACCUCAAGUCAACAACAACAUCGUGCUUGGAAAUUCGUCAUCAUGCUGAUAGGAAUUUGUAUAUGUAUGCUGAUGCUGACUGGGCAGGUGAUCCCAGUGACAGAAUCUCAACAUCGGGUCAUAUGCUCUUCUUGGGACCAAAUCCCAUAUCUUGGUCCUCCAGGAAACAACAAUCAGUUGCUCGAUCAUCCACAGAAGCUGAAUACAAAUCGGUCGCCAAUGCACUCGCGGAGCUUACAUGGGUCCAAAACCUCUUGGAUGAACUGAGGUAUCAUAUAUCAAACACGCCAAGUAUUUUCUGUGACAACAUUGGCGUAUCAUAUCUUAGCAAGAAUCCAGUUUUUCACACUAAGAUGAAACACAUUGCGGUAGACUUUCAUUAUCUUCGCAACAGUGUGAACUCCGGCAAAGUGACUGUCAAAUAUCUUCCUUCUAUAGAUCAAGUAGCAGACACUCUAACCAAGCCGCUGCCCAAACCUGCCUUUCUUCGAUGUCUAACCAAGUUAGGUGUUGUUGCACCACACCUAACUUGA